AUGAGCGAACCCAAGUCCACCGAUGGCGAAACGGUCGUCGAGAUCAUUAGCGAAGGGACAUGGAAAGCCGGACCCAGGGCUUGGUCAAUCAUCCUCACCUUAGCCUUCGUCAGCCUGAUCGUUGCACUGGAUGCAACUAUUCUGACAAUAUCGGAAGAUUUGAGAGGCAGCGGCAGUUCAGCCUUUUGGGCGGGCACAUCAUAUCUACUGGCGAGUAGUGUUUUGAUGCCCUUCAUGGGAUCGCUAUCCGACAUACUAGGACGUCAAGAGAUUCUAUCUGCGGCCUUGCUUUUCUUCACUGCGGGAAGUAUCGCAGUAGGACUGUGCAAAAAUAUGGACGUCUUGCUACUUGGUCGAGUCCUACAAGGUGUAGGAGGUGCCGGAAUAAUACCUAUGACUCAGAUCGUCCUAUGCGACAUCGUCCCUCUUCGAGUUCGUCCUAAAUACGCAACAUUUUCGCAAAUGGCAUGGGCUUUAGGGUCGAUAAUUGGUCCAUUAAUUGGUGGUCUCUUGGCGCAAUAUGUCACCUGGAGGUGGAUUUUCUGGCUUAACCUGCCCUUCUGUGGAGUGGGAUUGGUGCUUGUGCCCUUGACUCUCCGACUCAAAACGAAAAAAACAUCGGUAAUGGAAAAGCUGGCGCGCAUUGAUUGGAUCGGCGGUUUCCUGUUCAUCAGCAGUAUGACGAUAUUCUUGAUGGCUGUUACCUGGGGUGGUGUUGACCAUGCGUGGGCUAGCACCGCAACAUUGGUUCCUCUGCUUCUAGGUAUUGCGGGAACGGUAGUGUCUCUCUUAUGGGAGAAAUGGGGAGCUGCUCAACCAUUCAUCAGGCUCGCCAUUUCCUCAAAUAGGUCUGCUUUGGCUGGUUAUUUUUGUGCUAUCACACAGGGACUCGCGCUCUACUAUAUUGCGUUAUAUUUCACCUCCGUCAAAGGAUUCUCGCCAGUUCAUACCGGCGUCUGUCUAAUCACCGUGAGCAGCAUCCUCAUGCCGAUCGGCGUCAUUGUAUCGUUGAUCAUCACUCAUACAGGCCACGUUCGAUGGGCUCUGUGGUCUGGCUGGGUUUUCAUGAUCCUUUCAUCUGGUCUGCUGAUCUUGCUAGACGAAUCGAUUGCCACGUGGCGCUGGGUUCUGAUACUAAUGACAAUUGGCAUAGCACAUGGUCUGCUCAUCCAAGCACUUAUAUUCGUGCCGCAGGCCCUAGCUAAGGAGACAGACGAGUCCUACGCAGCCAUCAUGUACACCUUCGUUCGCACAUUCGGACAGACUUUCGGUGUCGCGAUUGGUGGUACCAUGUUCCAAAACAGAUUGAAGCAGCAUCUGGCCUCAGCUGGUCUCAAUGUUGCUAUCGGCACCGAUGCUGAGCAGUACGUCAACGUACUGAAUACGAUGACAGAUCAAACGUUGCGAGAUAAAAUAUUGGCGGCUUAUGCUGCUAGUUUUCGCAAUACUCUUGAGCUUGUUCUCGCACUAACGGUGCUGAGUGCACUCAUUUCGUUACUGAUCAAGAAGUUCACUGGGCAAGUGCUUGGUGGCAGUAGAUGA